CAGAGCUCUUAAUUGGAAGGUCAGCCAUGGCACCCAAAAAGAGGGGGCGCAAAAAAGAGGAGGCCCCCAAAGAACAAGAGGUGGACGACAGUAUUGUGCCGGAGCAUAGCCGGGAAUUUUAUCUGAUCCAGAUACGAGAUUUGGAGGGGCGCCUGGCCCGAUACCAGCAGAAAUGGGACCAGCUGCAGGUAAGCGAAGAACUCUUCCGAUGCGAAUAUGACAAGAUGUUGACGGACAACAAGGAGAUCGUGGCCUUCCUGAAGAAGACGCUCAACCAGCGGGUGGACGAGAUCGCCGACUUGACCCUCCAGCUGCAGAACCUGCAGCAGGCCAAAGACCUGGAGAAGGACGCCUUCGAGACCCAGCUGGUCCAACUGAGGCACGAAUUCCAAGAAACCAAGGACCAACUGACCUCGGAGAACAUGGUGCUGAGUGGGAAGUUGGCCGCGCUGGAGGAAUUUCGGCUACAGAAAGAUGAGAUUUUGGCGAAAUUUGCCGAGCGGGAAAACCAGCUGAGGAAGGAAGAGGAGCAACACAAGGACGUCAUCUACAACCUCGAACGGAAGGCCGUGAUCGACAAAGAGAGGAUGAAGAAGGACAUGCUGCACCGGGUGAACGCCGUGGCCGCCGAGUUCCGCAAAGUGGCCAACAACCAGAUGGCGGAGACCACCAAGCGCACCAUCCGGGAGAACGUGGCCAUCAGCCUGCAGCUGACCAAGGUGACGGAACAGAGCCUGCAGCUGAUCCAGGAGAACGACCGCCUGAAGGCGGCCCACGCCGAGGCCACCAAGCAGCUCCAGCUACUGGAGCAGAACGAGAAGAAGAUGGUCAAGAACAGCCUCGGCCACCAGAAGAUGAUCUGGAUGCUGACGGAGAAGUGCAAGGAGCUGCAGAGCGAGCUGGAGGAGCAGCGGAAGACGAAAGCCCACCUGGCCAAGGUGCAGAAGUCCAGCGAGACCCUCUUCCAGCAGAAUCUGGUCCUCCGGGUGCUUCCCUCCAUGAUCCCUUUCCUCUCUGCUCAGGAGCGGCCGCUGCCGGAGGAGGAAGACAGGGACUUUGACGUGAUGUUCCAGUUGCGGCGCAGAAACGCCUUGCAGGGCAUCCUCCAUUUUGUGCAAAGGGGUGUCACCCGCCUGGACGCUCAGCAGGGCCUCCACCCCGUCGCGAUCGAGAGCAAGGUGGUCAAAGUCACCAACCUGUCCAGAAGCUUCUCCACCGAGUGGCACACCAAGGCCUCGCGCACCACCUCCCACUGCAACAUAUUCCAGCUGCCCAAGCCAGUACACAGCCUGCCCUCUCUGGAGUCCGUCUCCUCCGCCCAGCUGGUCUCCAUCCGGCCCUACAGCAGCGCCAACGAGUCUAUAUCGUCCUGGAGAGCCGAGAAUAACGGCCAAGGCAGCCCGCCGGCCAGGAGCGCGGUCCACGUGCCAGCGGAAGGCGGGCAGGGAUCGGAGGAGGUGGCGAUCCGCGAAGACUUGCCGGAAAUAGUGUCCCACCUAGCCAGGCAGGAACUGCUCAGCAAGUAG